GUUUCCUUGGCGCAGGUCAGUCAGGAGGCGGAAGCGUGGCGGGGGCGGGAAGGUUGUAGUUCGGCACGCUGCGGAGGUUUUGCCUGUCUCUAGGUGGUGUGUUCCACCUUGACAGCUGCGACCCGCAGCGAGGCCUCCCCAGCGCCCAGGCGCUCGGGUGAAUAUAAAGUGCUAAUCUGUUGCCUCUGAAUAUAAUUGAAACAGAAAACAGGAAGAUGGCAGCAAAUCCUUCAGGACAAGGUUUUCAAAACAAAAAUAGAGUUGCAAUCUUGGCAGAACUGGACAAGGAGAAACGAAAAUUACUUAUGCAGAACCAAUCUUCAACAAAUCAUCCUGGAGCUAGCAUUGCACUCUCCAGACCCGCUCUUAAUAAGGACUUCCGGGAUCAUGCAGAACAGCAGCAUAUCGCAGCCCAGCAGAAGGCAGCUUUGCAGCAUGCUCAUGCACAUUCAUCUGGAUACUUCAUAACUCAAGACUCUGCAUUUGGAAAUCUUAUUCUUCCUGUUUUACCUCGCCUUGACCCAGAAUGAAGAAAACAUCUGUAAUGAAAAUUACUUUGUAAUACCCAAUGCCAAAGCUCCUCUCAUUAAGUGCUGUACACACUGUGACAUUCAGAAUUUUGGUGAACUUACAUAUUUUUUGCUUCUUGAAAAGAAAGGAAUAUGUAAGUAAAAGCAAAAAGAAGGGAGGAGGACUAGGAUGAUGAAAGCUUUAGAAGCUGGAUUGUUUGAAAAUUUGAUUAUGCUGCUUAGUGACUUUACCUUUUUUGUAAUGCCAUUUGAUUUUUAGCUCUCAAUCAGACUCUGAAUUGGAUAGUCAUGUAA